AUGACUCAAUCAUCACUGAGAGUCCGCAAGGGCGGCUCCUCUAACGUGCGACGCAAGCUAGAUUCCGAAGAUGAGAUCAUUCGAAUCCCCGACUGUGAUCUUGAUGCUGUGGCUGAAAGUUUCCGUCUGACGCUCAUCGGACGAGUUCUCAAUCUCCAAGGGCGAAGUACUGAUGCUUUGAUCCACCUUCUCCCCCGUAACAGGAUCUGGAAUGUAGAAGGCCGCGUUUGUGGUACCAAUCUCGGCAAUGGGCGCUUUCAGUUCGACUUCGACAAUGAAACGGAUCUCCUUUCCGUCCUAAGCAAACGCCCUUGCGUCCCAGUUCAUUUCUGGAAUGACCAGACCUUCAUUGCGAUCUCGAAACCUCUAGGAACUUGGACCUCCCUUGAUUCAAAAAGAGCUCGGAUCCAAGUCUCUGUCAAUAUUGACAUGCCCCUGCAAUUCGAGCGUCGCAUAGAAUUCCCAAACGGAGAUAUAGGAAGGAUUUCCUUCGCUUACGAGGGCCUUUACCGCUAUUGCUUCACCUGCCAUAUGAUCUUGCACGAUGAGAACGCUUGCCCUCAACUUACUCCGGAGGAACGUGAACUCAAACGUCAGCAACGUGCAGAGAUUAACGCCCAAGGAGACCUGCCUUCUAUCAUGGCAGGACAUGAAGCCAGAGCUGGAGGCAUGAAAAGACACUGUUCCCCUUUCAAUGGGCACCAUUCCCCUUCUACAGGGAGACAUUGGAUUUCCCCCUCCAACCAACUCCAGAAUGACUAUCGAAGGGAGGAUAAGCGCCAAAAGCAUUCACCAUCCCGUGAGAACAGAGCCUACCACCCCUACCAUAGAGAUUACUCAAAAAACCGGGGGAACUCUCAUCGGGAUCACUCACGUAAAGAGUACAUCUGGAGACGAAUAGAAUUACCACCUCGUACCUCUUCCGGCUAUGGAAAGGCCAAUCCCUCUAGAGAUCCUCCCAGAGAGAAACCUUACUCAUAG